CGCUGUUUAAUUGACGUAAGCUGCUGUAAUUAUUUAUAGUCAGGAAGGUAUAAUGCAAAAUAAUAGCGCAGGAAGUCAGAUAAUAAUGCAGUAGAUUUGCUAAUGACUAAGUCAUUAGCACAUAAGUCAAAAGGAAGUCAGCAUGUCGGCAUCAAACUGUGGUGACAAGAUGGAGCCAUCAUCGUCAGAUCAGCAGAAAGCUGGUGACAACCAUCAUCAUGGAAAUGAAUCUCUGCAUGAUCAAGAAGACUGCAAAACCAAAGAACCAGAGGCUACACAAGGCCAACAUGUCACCACUAUACACAAUUUAAAAGAAAAUCAUGAAAAAAAGGAAUCUCCCACCCCACAAGAGGAAGACAUGGUAAAAAAUACAUUAUCCAGUGACAUUGAUGAAGCAUUUGGCAAUUUAGAAUCAAGAUUGAUGGAUGGAAUGGAAGAAGAGGAUGAUAGAAAAGAAGAGAACAGUGCUAGUUUUUACAAGAAGAGAAAACUGAUAAACUCUCAUCAGAGAGAAAAUGAAGAAGGAAGAGAAGUUGAUGAGUCAGACAGUGAUAGUGUAGGUGAAAGAGAAUUAGACAAUGUAGUAGAACAACAUUUUGGAAGUGAUACAUCCACAGAUGAAGAGAUUGAACAACAGCAUGAUGAAAAAGACGAAGACAUGAGUGACUUUGAAGACGAACAAAAGAAUAAGCCUCAACCCUCUCUCAUUUGGAGAGCACUUCCUGAUCUUUUUAAUCGUGAAAGAGGUUUGUUGCGGAAUCCACUUAAUUUCUGCCACAGAACAAUUGCAAAUGUUUCAAUGGUACAAAGAUUUAAACAGUAUACUGCUCUGGACAGUCAUGAAGGCUGUGUCAACACCCUUCACUUUAAUCAGUCAGGAAAUUUACUUACUAGUGGAAGUGAUGACCUCAAGAUCAUUCUGUGGGAUUGGGCUCGGGAAAAGAAGCUCCUUCAGUACAAUAGUGGACAUCGUGCCAAUGUUUUCCAAGCCAAGUUUAUGCCAUUUAGCAGGGAUUCAACCAUUGUCAGCUGUGCACGAGAUGGCCAGGUGAGGGUUGCUGAAAUAUCAAGUGUUGGCAACUACAGAGAUACAAGAAAGCUUGUUGGACACAAGGGGGCAGCACACAAGCUUGCUCUUGAACCAGCCUCGCCAGUAGUGUUUUUGUCAUGUGGUGAGGAUGGCCAAGUCUUCAACAUUGACCUUCGUCAGGAAAAGCCAAACAACCACAUAGAUAGUUAUCUACAUGGUGUACAAGCAUUAAUAUAUAUAUAUCUACAAAAUUGUGAGCAAGUUACUAUGUACAGUAACCACCGAGAACGUGAUGAAGAGCGCCGCCGUGAACCAGAAGGAAUUGACAGUACAAUGUUGAUGUUGUUGAUGCAGCACCUUCAAAGGCGUGCACGUCGACAGGCUAGGGAGGCUGGUGGUGAAGUUGAUAGUGACAGCGAUGAUACAUCGUCAACUGAUUCUGACAACAGUGAUACCAGUGGUGAAUUUCCUUCUGGAGGAGGGGUCCAGUGUCCAACAUCAUGAGGGCACAGUACAGUAUGCUACAUCUUGAGAGGGGUUUGGGGGUUCAAGUGUCCAGCUACAUCAUAACACCAUAAUUACCUACACGGAAAUGGUCACUAACACAAUAAUAACAAUAGCAAUCGCAUUGAAGGGCAGCAAACAUACUAACAGCGAUUUAAGGCACAAGGCACUUUAUAAAGGUACUGUAUAUCUUCCAUAGAAAAAUAUUGAAAGAUUUUGAAACAGAACUAACAUUGAAUAUUUAUAGAAAAUAUAUACUUUGUAACAUAUGAUAUUUGUGAACUUUGCUGAUGUUUGUAAAGCAGCAAUGUUUUGAGAUUGCUGUUCAGUUGAGGAUAGUUCCAGUUAAGGGACUUGUAUUUGGUCCCAAGUAAGGAACUUGAAUUUGUUCCCAGGAGACUUUAAGUGGUCUCAAGUAAAAGACUUAAGUUUCGUUCUAUGAAAUUGCUACACGCUAUCACUGACAGUUUUUACCAAAGCUGAUUGAUCUGUUGAAUUAGGGGGCGCUUUCCUGAUUGCUUCGGGAACAGCUACAAAGUGUAUGAAUUUGAGUAAAAACAGUGGUGAUAGUUUAGCAAUUUUAUGCAACUAGGCUUUAAGGUGGCGAGACUUCAAGAAUAUGUAUUAGUUGAUGUAGAAUUUGAAGAUUCCAUGCAGAAGGUAAUAGAAUAGAAGAUUCCAUGCAGAAGGUAAUAGAAUCUGUUUUAUGCCUGAGUUUUAUAAUCUUGCCCUUUUUUUAAAUUUAUAAUCACAAUGACAUCUUUAAUGGAAAAUGGAUGUAUAUGGCAAUAAGCAGUUAAUUUGUCAGUAUAUCACACUCCUCUCAGUUUGUUUUUUUGAUCAUCUUGUUUUCUAUUGAAGGAAACCUAUUGGAAAAUGCAAAUAAUGAGGAUGUUCUGGACAGUUUUUGUUAAUCACUUUUGUUUUUCUGCAUCUACCAUUUAUUUCCAAGGUUAGUAAGCUGAGUACACAGACUAAAAAAUGGAGGUGAAGACUUUUUAAAGUUCAAUUGAAUUUCAAAUGAAAUCAAAUGAAUAAUAAUUUAUAAACCUUUAUAAUAAGGGGGAAAGAAAUGGCCAUUAAUAUUAAUCCCAUUAUUGAGCGGAAGACAUUUUUUGACUUUGUCAUUUACAGAUAAUGAUUUUAAAAAAACUAUAUCAACAACGAUGUAUGAAUGAUACACCAACAGUGAUAUCAGAGAUGAUAUCUAAAGAUAUAAUACUUUGAGAAAAUGUUGUUUAGUUUGCACACAGAUACUGAAAGGUAUAUUGCUGUAAGAAUAUAUACCAUAAAUAAAUGGAUGAGUAAUUAGAAAUGAAUAUUCUAAUUGUAGAAUCUGUGAAAGCAGCAUGUGAAGGCAUUUAAUAAUGUUCCUCAUUUAUAGUAGUUUUAUAUUUUAACUUGAUGCAGUAAAGGUCAGAGACUUCAAACUUUGACAAAGGUGGUGAGAGGACCCCAGUGAUAUACUGAAGAGAUGCCAUCUAGAUAGUGUUGUUAAUUAUAUCCCAACAGAAAAACAUAUAACAGAAAUAUCAACUGCGUCACAUUGCUUUGUAAUAUACCACUCAUGAGUCAAUUAAUACAUUUGCUUGUAAUCAUACACUAUAUUUUUACAUAUGAUUUUUAAACUUGUAAUUAUCAUAAGUAAAUUUACAGUUUAUCUUAUCGUUAUAUUGGUUUAUUCUUCUCUUUAAGAGCCAAUUUCUCAUCAGAUCUCUGCAUUCCUUUCCAAAAAUUGAUUAUCAACCGUUAAUAUCUUAUUUAUUGUCUUGCAACAAAAAUUAAACAUACUGACAUAUACUGUGCAUUCAAAUUUUCUGUAACGUGUCAAUUCUUGUGAAGCAAAAAGCAGAACGUUAAUUUGAAUAUCGGUUUCAGUGUUCUAGACGUGUUCUUUAGGAUUUGCAUUAGCUUACAAAUGUGUUCCAGUUUUGAAAAUGAGUUUGAAAAAUGAUGUACUGUAGUUAUAUUUUUUUCAGAAAAUACUAUGCAUUAAUGCAUUAUAAUUAUGUAAGUGUGCAGUAUGGUCAAGAGAAGAAUGAUUAUAACAUUGGCACAUGAUUAGGGUAGUAGUAUCAUGUGAUUGAACUAAUGAAAAUGUUGCAUAAUACCAUAAAGAGAUGUCAUGUACAAUAUUAAACUAAACUAAUCAUGUAUGUUACUUGACAUGUGACAUUAAAUCUGAAGUGUAAUGUGCACAUGACGGUAGAUAUUGUGCACAUUUUUUUUUUUUUUUAUUAAAAAUACCUUCCCUUUUUGGCCUUUAAACCUACUUGUUCAGUUUCUUUGUAUAAAUUAGAAUUUAUUUGAAGCAAUGAAUAAAAUAACAAAUAAAAAUACAGUGGAA